AUGGCAGUUGAAACAUGGAAGAAAAAGCCAGCACCUGUUCAGGUGCUUGAAAAAGAUCUGCCGUCUUCAAUUCCUCCUCAAACGGGGCUGACAUUCAAUGUGUGGUAUAACAAAUGGUCACAAGGUAGCAGCGGUCGAAAUCGAUUUGUGAGCCCCUUCAAGUUCAAUCCAGACUCCGAUCAAGGCUACACGAAAGGUGACAAAACGAAAAAAACCUUUUUUUGCCUCUACUUUACGAAGGGAAUGUGCUGUCUAGGCAAGAAAUGCGAAUAUCUGCAUCAUGUCCCAAAUACUGAAGAUGUCGCCAGGCUUUCGCUACAGUCGGACGUAAUUGAUUGUUUCGGACGUGAAAAACACGGCAGCUAUAGGGAAGACAUGGGUGGAGUAGGAUCUUUUCGCAAGAGGAACAGAACUUUAUACGUUGGGGGCAUCACUGGCGCAUUAAACGAUAUAAGUCUAAAGCCGGGACAGGUAGAGAACCGCAUACGAUUCUCGUUCGGAAAACUUGGUCCCUUGGAGAGAAUACGAUACGUGGAGGCGAAGAAUUGUGCGUUUGUCAAAUACAAACAUGAAACGCAUGCCGAAUUCGCUAAAGAAGCUAUGAGCAACCAAACUUUGUUGAUUCCGUCUGAUAAAGAGUGGGCAGAUCGUCGCGACGGGACCGGGCUUUUGGUCAAAUGGGCUAAUGAUGAUCCCAAUCCUGAAGCGCAACGACGGGAGAAAGAACAACAAGAACAAGAGUCACUUAAAGUUAUGCUGGAUAUACUGAAAAAAAGUGAAACCGCCGAGCCGCUAGCAAGCGAGAUUGAUACCAAAUCUGACACACUGACAAAUAAGCGACUUUUAGAAAGUGCUGAUGCAGAUACUGAAUCGUUUGAGAGCUCUAUAUUCGGUAGCCUUUCCAAGAACAAGCUGAGCGGGCUAAAGAAGCUGAAAGUGGCAAAGCCAACUGAGCAAACCAUGGAGAAUACACUCCCGACGAGUAUGGUCGACUAUCCUUCGUCAGAUGAUGAUUAG